GUGAUGUCGUUUGGCGAUUGUGUAAAUACAAUGCACCAGGCAAAUGUAUUUUUCGCAAGUACUGUCUUAAAAACGUGACUAGUUUCGAUGUUAUAAUUUUCAAAUGGAUUGUUCAGAAGUUAUCUUCUGUACCAAAGAAUAGUCAGAAUCAUAGGAUCGAUAAUUAACUCAAGAACAAAAAUGUCGAGAAAUGGCGAAGUGACAUCAAAUCAAGGCUCUAGUCGACCGAGUUUGCCUAGACCAGAUUUGAAUUUAAUUCCUACAGAAAGACGUAGAGUGUUAGAUCUACAACUAGGAGGUCCUUCCAGUGGUGGUAAUGCAGCAUUUGUCCCAUUUACUACAAAUACCGUAACUGUACCCAGAAAUCGUGUGCCAUCCCGUAGCAUCAGGGAUGUCUUGCCUGAAAAUGCGAGAGACCGUUGUAGGAUAUAUCCAUCUAUGCAGUCAUCUGGCAAAUUGCAGUUAUCAGCAACAGAGGUGUAUGAUUUCACAGCGGAUGACUUACAAGACCUUGGUGAGAUAGGAAGAGGUGCAUUUGGUGCUGUUAAUAAGAUGGAACAUAGAAAGUCAAAUAAAGUAAUGGCUGUGAAACGCAUACGUUCUACCGUAGAUGAAAAAGAACAGAAACAGUUAUUGAUGGAUCUUGAAGUAGUUAUGAAAAGCAAUGAUUGCCCAUACAUUGUGGAGUUUUAUGGAGCAUUAUUUAAAGAAGGUGAUUGCUGGAUUUGUAUGGAAUUAAUGGAUACUUCAUUAGACAAAUUUUAUAAAUUUAUAUGUGAAAGAAUGCAAACUCGAAUACCAGAAAAUAUUAUAGCUAAAGUAACACUUGCUACAGUGAAAGCUUUGAAUUAUUUGAAGGAAAAAUUGAAAAUAAUACACAGAGAUGUAAAACCAUCAAAUAUCCUGUUAGAUCGAAAAGGCAAUAUAAAACUGUGUGACUUUGGUAUCUCUGGUAAGCUGGUGGACUCAAUUGCCCGUACACGGGAUGCUGGUUGUAGACCAUAUAUGGCACCAGAAAGAAUAGACCCCGGUCGAGCUAGGGGUUAUGAUGUGCGAUCUGAUGUAUGGUCACUAGGCAUCACAUUGAUGGAAGUAGCUACAGGUGCAUUUCCCUACCCGCGUUGGGGGUCUGUAUUUGAACAAUUGCAGCAAGUAGUGCAAGGUGACCCACCACGCUUAACAAAUAACAAUAACACAUUCUCCAACAAUUUUGUUGACUUUGUAAACACAUGUUUGAUCAAAGAAGAAACCCAACGUCCUAAGUAUAACAAGUUGUUGGAGCAUCCAUUCAUCAAAGGUAUUGAUCAAAGUAGAGUUGAUGUUGCUGCAUACGUAUGUGAAGUCUUGGAUGCCAUGGAACGUAAUGGUGUCAGUCCAUUCACAACAGACCAACCAGCUCAAGCUUGGGUAGAUUAAAUGUAAUUUCUCUCGCUUAGUGGAAGCUGUCCACAUUCAAGUUCAGAAUACGCCAGCGGGAUUUUGACGCGCGGUAAUGCUGCUUUUCUACAAUCAAUCACUGACUCGUCAAAGCCUCAGAGCAUCAUAACUAUCACUGGAAUAUUGGGAGCAAACUUACGCUCCAGUCUGCAAAGUUAUUCCGGCGGGGAAUAACUUCGCGGCCAUGCCCGCUGAUCGGAUCGCAUUUUCUAUAUUCUGGCAUAUUUAAAUGACAAUUACCUAUGCUUCAUGUCGCGCUCGCAAAUAUGUAUGAAUGUGCAAACAGGACUGUGCAAACUUCACAAUUACGCGUGUUGUGGAACACAAUUUUGCUGGACUAAAGCAUGGGAUUUAAUGUUUUGAGAUGAUGAUGAACGCUAAGUUUAACGGUGCAAACAAAAACAACACAGUCCAGUCUUCAACAUGUCAACGAUAGCACAAUUCGAAGACACGUUGCUUGCGUAAUAUACUGUAAACUAGCCACGCGAAAUAUACAGGCAAGCUCGCAUCGCUCUCAUGACGCGAGAGUGUAGCCCGGGUAUUACCUACUGAUCCAAAUUGGAUGUAUCUGGCUUCCAUGAUACUCAUAGAGCAUGAUUAACGAUUAUUUCAAACAUGCUGGUAGGUCAGC